AUACUUUCCACGCUGCUCUGGUUCUGGAUGGAUCAACUGUUUCCAAGACUCAUCUUUUGUUCUCACCCUUUCAACUAAUACCAAGGCCGACGAACCCACAAGUCGCUCCCCCGCCUAAUAACUACUCGCUCCCCCGCCUCCUCUGUCGGCUCCCGCGCCGUGGCCCAGCCGGUACGAUACUGUACGUACGCGUUCCCGACGCCACUCAGCAGCCGAAUCGGCCUGCAUCGUGACCUCCCUCUCCGGAUUCUACCUCCCGAUAUAGCCGGGACCAACGCCCACCGAUAAUUCACCACCUCUAGUCAAGUUUGACGACGCACGGCGGUGCCGAAGAACCGUGGUCUCUCUUCUGCGCACAUCCAUCCUCGGUAGCCAUUGCCGACCUCGCGGGCCAUUUUACAUAUUCGCUCGCAGAGUGGCUGCCACCAAACGUCCGUCUGAAUCGAGACUAGAUCGGCUUCAUCACCUCCGAAGACAAAUCAGUUCUGGCUUCCGCGCGCACGGCAACUCGGCUGGAUGGUCUGCGUCGGCCCUUUGUUCUCAGUGAUAGCGACGCUCAGAUAGCGCGCCUGGACAGCCCUAUAACUGGCCCUCCUCACCGGCCCUACGUCUUCUACGUCUUAGAGAUCCCAAUUGCCCUUGUCGAGACUGAUGAUAAAAACGAUAAAGUAUACACACUAAUACGAUGUUUACAACCCUCUUAUUCGCUGCAACUCUAUUCCUCUUUCCCGGCGAUGCAUUGGUACUACGGCACCCAACUGAUGGCGUCCCCCGGGUUGUUCAUCUCGAUUUGCAGAGAGCCCACGUCCGCGACCCCGUCUCCCGUGACAAGUUACGCAGGCGAGCUAAGCCCAUAAAGGGCAUCUUGGAGAACCAGCAAACCCUCUACUUGCUCAACGUAUCCCUCGGCACCCCACCGCAACAAGUCCGCGUGCACCUCGACACAGGGAGCAGCGAUCUCUGGAUUAACACGGAGGCUUCCACCUUUUGCCUCCAGUCCGAUGCUCCGUGCAAGGCUACCGGCACCUACUCAUCCAAUCACUCCUCGACGUAUCGGUACGUCAACGGCGACUUCAACAUCUCCUACGUAGAUGGCACGUCAGCUUUCGGCGACUAUGUUACCGACACUAUCCGUGUUGGCGACAGUAACCUGCAAGAAUUCCAAUUUGGCGUUGGAUACAACAGUACCUCGGCGGAAAAUGUGCUAGGCAUCGGGUAUCCAGGCAACGAGGCCCAGGUGGCGCGCUUGGACAGGAAGCCGUACCAGAACUUACCCGCCAAGAUGGCUGCUGCCGGUCUUAUCGCUUCCAACGCGUACAGUCUGUGGCUGAACGACAUUAAUGCCAAUACCGGCACCAUACUCUUUGGUGGUGUGGACACGGCUCACUAUCAAGGCGAUCUGAUCUCCCUUCCGGUCCAGAAGGUUGACGAUUCCUACAUCGAGUUUUAUGUCACCUUGACGGGCAUGGACUUCGGCUCCCAUACCGUCGUGAAGAACAUGUCUCUCGCUGUUCUUCUAGACUCAGGGUCGUCCCUUACCUAUCUACCCAACGACAUAGCAAACGACAUAUAUGAGCUCGUCAAUGCAUCCUUACAGAAAGACGAUGGCGUGGCACUCGUGCCCUGCUCUUAUCGCGACCAAAACACCACCUUGACUUUCAAGUUCAGCGAUCCAGCCACAAUUUCUGUGCCCAUGAGAGAGCUGGUUCUUGACAUGCUAGACGAUGAUGGCAAAUCGAUAGCUUUCGACGACGGUGUCCAGGCGUGUCUAUUUGGCAUUUCGCCCACGGAUGACGCUACGAGCGUAUUGGGCGACACGUUUUUGCGGAGUGCAUACACCGUGUACGACCUGGACAACAACGAGAUCUCCUUUGCGCAGGCCAGGCACAACGUGACGACAUCUAAUGUGAAGGAGAUUGGCAAGGGAACCGGAGCCGUGCCUGCAGCCAAAGCGGCUCCGUCGCCUGUGACUGCAUCAUCUGGAAUGCCGGGUCAGUCUGGUCGCCCCGGCCAGCACCCAGGUCAAAACAUCAUAAGCAGCGGAACCAACGCGAUGGCACCGGCCAUAUCCCCGGGCCUGCUGGUCGCCAUGUCAAGCCUGUUCUUCUACUGCCGAAGGCUCUGCCUUUGAGAUACAGGUUCACGACUGCUCCCCUGUCAUGAUGGCUCGAGAGCGCCGCAACGGCGUUACAAAUUGGUUUUAGACACAGUGCGACGGGCUGAAAUCGUGGAAAUGACGAGCGACGGCCAGCACGCGGGCGACUGUGACUUAUAUAGUAUUGCCAUCUGAGUGGCGCGUGGCGUUGCGGAGGGACCUGACGGGCGUAUUCUUGGACAGUGCGACACCAACGCGACGGGCUCGUGAUCCUAAUUGAAUAGAACAUAGAAGUUAACGUACAGUACACCUACAUGAUCAUGCACAUAGGGAGUGCAGUCCACUGGC